AUGAAUAGAGAACAAGAGAGACAGAAGCGGUCCGAGAGGUUUCAGCGCCGACGGAACCUGCAGUUCAAUAGCCAACCCACCUCGCGUGACCCAUCUCCAAGCCAAGUUUCGUCCGAGCUCCAAUUGGCGGUUGUCACUGGAGGUUCUAAUCCAGACGUACGUGAGGCAGUUCGAGUCAUGGAAGCUGAAGUCGACAUGUUCAGCCAGAUCAUGGAGCGGGUCAACACCCUAAUUGCAGAGGUUCAGGGGUGCAAGGAGCAAAACGACAGGCUUGAGAACCGACUCCAGCGCCAAGAGGAGAUGCUCAGGGAACAGAGGCAGCUUGAAGAUCGUGCUGAGCGUGAUGACCAACACCAAACCUUAGCUGCACAGAGGGGCGAAGAGAUCCAGCAGUUGCGCCACCAGCUUCAGCAACAACGGGUUGAACUGGAAGAAGCUCGUCACUUCCAAAGCGCGCAACACACUGCACCUACCGACACCACUCAGCAGGCAGAUGAGAGGAAUGAGGAGAUUCAUCAGCUCCGAAGGAGGUUACAAGAACUUGAGAACGAGCUGGCAGGCUCUCGUCCCUCCCGAGUCUCCCUUCGUACUGCACAGGUUGUGGACACCAUUAGCUCAUCUCCUGUACCUCCGCAGCCUCUUCCUCGCAGCCGACCUCAAACUUCUGAGCCAGUGGACCGUCCUUUACCUCCUCAGCCGCAGUUACUGCAGAAUACCCAGCCAUAUCUGCCGCACCAGCCUCUACCUGAAAGGAACUCCUUCCCAUCACAUCCGAGGGACCUCUCUACAAGGUGCUGGAACUGUUCACCUGCCAAUGGCCUGUAG